AUGCCUUCACCUCUUACCUCGAGCUUUGCCACUGCGGCAGCCAACAACAAUCAGGAUGGCAAGAGAGGGGAUGUUGGUGGUGACUGGGCACGCAACCGCGCAAACGGUGCUACUCAGACCUUCCGUCGGCCUUCCCUCGCAACAAAUGUGUCCUAUAGUCGAGAAAGUAACCACACGGGCAAUGCUACGCCAACCUCAAGUGUCUACGUUCCGCCCCACUUGAAUGCGAGUUAUCAAGUGAACUCUCUGCGUAACGGUACAGCUGGAGAAAUCCGGUAUACCAAAGAUCAGUUGGUCGCGUUGUAUAAGCAACAACGAGACGCAGGAGCCUUAGACCGGAAUCUAUCUGAUGUUUUCGCUGGAGGCUGGAAUCCCCUUGAUAGCCGCGAUUCUGCGAAUUCUGCAUGGAGCAAGCGGGACGAUGCGAAAGAAUCAAGCGUGGGCCCAGAGAUAUGCUGGGAUUACAGCUCAAGGACCGAGCCUUUGGCUUUGAUCCACAUGAGUGAUGAAGAAAAAGAGUUGUUCUCCUCAUCGGUCAAUUCGUCCAUCAAGCCACCUCAAAAUGCUUCCAAGGACAACAAUGGAAGUGCCACUUUGGCCCGGAAGACCUCCACCUCCAUUUCUCAAAACCUCGCAGGACCUUUCAAUACUGCUUCUCCAGGCACCGGACGGCCAGGGGUCCGGCGUCGAGAUACCAAUGAUUCGUACAAUGGAAAUAAUCCCCUUUCACCGACAGGAGGCGGACGAUUCUUUCGAGACGAACCCAGCGCUGCCAUGCCUCCUGCAUCUCUCCUUCGGCGAAAAACUGAUUACAAGGAAGGCGGUGACGACUUGAAGAGUGAGCAACCGGACAAGGAUGCUGUGCCAAGGGACAGUCGAGAAGAAACCAGCAGUCCAUUCAGUAGCUUGAAGCGCAAUGCCACUGGACCAAUGAGCGCUGGCCUGAACGCCCCUUCAUCUCCUUGGGCAGUAGGACCUCCUAGCGCCGGAUUUGGAUCAAUGGGUACAUUUGGCAGUUUCGCGCUUGGAUCAUCCGCUGCUGCCACCGACAUCCCUGAACAGCGGUCGGGCUUUGGGAGUUUGCGUGGGGAGAGCAGAUUUAAGGGCUUGCUGUCGAAGACCAGCUUAGAAGACAUGUCUGCUGUAGUCAAAGAAAAACCCUCGACUGGUAAUCUCGGGAGACUAUCUGAGGUGGAGAAUGAUGGUAGCUUUCAGCCUUGGGAUGAGUCGCUCAGGACUCGACCGGGACGGAGCGAUACCAAUCCGUAUGGUGACGAUGUGCCGAGAAGUGGAAGUGCAGCACUUGGUGGCGCUCAGGAUAGUGGCCAAGGAAUAGACCAGCUUGGAUUCUCGACCAUCGGGCUGCCGCCCAACACAGGUUCUCGAGAUUUCAUGCAAUCCUCGGCGAGUCAGGAUCCAGCCUAUCAUCAGACACCACAACACCGCCAAAGAGGCCAAGAACCAAUGAGCCCAACCAACACAAACCCCUAUCAAAGCCCAGAGGCUGAUAGAAGGAACAACGCUGACCAGGACCAGGACGGCAACCUGAUGCAGCAACGAGGUAACGUCGGCUUCGGUGGCAGAGAGGAGCCUGGUAUCAAUGCGUUCGGCCCCCUGCGAAGGGGUGUGUCAUCCGCUAUGGAGGACCGAAGUCAAGCUUCAAGCGCAGGCCCAAAUCGUGGCUUUGGUGGACUUGGGGCACUUGGUGGCUUUCCGGGCUUUGGUAGCUCAGCAUGGUCCGGCGUUACGAGCGCUCCCAAUAAAGACCGAGGCUUUCCUUCUGGUUUUGCAGACCCCGUCUUCGGCAUGAGCGAUCUACAGACUCCCAAUAUUCCUGGGUUGAGCAGCAAUAGCCUUUUUGGCUCACCUCCCGUGCAAAAUGCUGCUGCUUCUCGAUCAAGCAAGGUCAGCGUAAUGUUUCCUCAAGCGAUGCAGGAACAAGCACAAGCACAAGGUGAGAAGGCUGGAGGAGAAGGGCUGGAUAGACUAGCAGAUUUCGCCACCAGAAGCCGAGCGAUCAGCGGUCUCGACGGCGGCUUCGGCAGGAGAGAGCAAGAAGUGCCUCUUCGUGGUGGAGGCAAUUUUCUUGGGGAUACUAGCAGCCACGAUACAACUAUACGUUCUGGGCAAGGAACGGAAGACUCUGGAGUUGCUGAAGGUCUAAGCUCUCUUUCUCAGCUAUCGGGGUUUGGAUCUUCGCAGAACCUCAUCACGAACCCCGGUGUUGGACAAGCGACGACUAUGGCGGGACCCGCAGAUGUCGCUGUCCCGGGUGGCCAAAAUCCAAGCCAGUCCAGCGGCAGCCCAGCUUCAAGUCAACUACCGGCCCCCCAGCAAAGACAAAUGGUAAUGCCAGAUCGCAUGCGGUGGAUCUAUCGGGAUCCCUCGGGGACAACUCAGGGCCCGUGGUCUGGCUUGGAAAUGCACGAUUGGUUCAAAGCCGGUUUCUUCACGGCCGAGUUACAGGUGAAGAAGCUUGAAGAUGCGGAUUAUGAACCUCUGGCGCAACUCGUACGGCGCAUUGGAAAUUCUCGAGAGCCAUUCCUUGUUCCGCAAAUUGGCGUUCCUCAUGGACCCUCCGCACCCAGUCAAGGUAAUCACUGGGCUGCUCCGAGUGGAAGCAGUACAGUCGGUGCUGGUCCUCCUCAGCCUGGAGCUGCACAGCCGCCGUUUGCAAGCAGCUUCCCUAGUUUCGGCACCACGCUUACAGCAGAACAACAGAAUGCCCUCGAACGCAGAAAGCAAGAAGAGCAGUAUCUCAUGGCAAGGCAGAAAGAGCAUUUAGCCCAGCAACAAGUGCUUUUAAAACAGAUGCAGCUGCAAGGCGGGCCUCAAGCAUUGCAUUCCCUUCAACAUCAUUCUAGCGCACACAGCCUUCACAGCCAACCAAGUUUUGGAAGCAUUACCUCUCCUUCUGGUUAUCAGCCAUCACCUAUUCAGGGACCCAUUCAGCCUCCCCAAAAUGGUGUGGGUUUCAUGGAAAGCACCUUGCGUCACGCUCACUCGGCGCAGUUUGGAGCAGAUUUUCGAGGUGGAAGAGAAGAAGACCUACCUAACCUUCUAGACCGUAUGAAUGUGUCGCGAGGAGCGCCGUUUCCCUUCACAAGUGGCCCUUUUGGACAACACCAAGAUAACGCUCAACCGCCUCCCCAAGUGGCUUCGAUGCUUCAAGAUCGAGCGCGGUUGCAAAUGGAACAGCAGCAAGCUGAUAUGAACUCUCAGAACGACGCUUUUCGUGACAAUCAGGUUUUCAACGGGCGCCUCCAGGAAUUCAAUGCCUUGAGAGCUCAGAUUGAUGACAAUGAGAUGGCCCCAAGGCAAGAGGCGAUGGCUUUGCCGUCAAUCGGGGUGCCGGGACAGCCGAUCAGUGAGCAACAAGUAGAUCAAGAGCAACGAGAGCUGUCCAAUGAACCUCAACAGGAUUCACAAGACCCAGAAGCUCUUUCCCUUUCCCAGCAGGUCCAGAAGACUGCCGCUGCAAUAGGCCAGCUGCACGCUUUUGCUACGGAUGAGAGUGGAUGGAUUAAAACAGACCAGGAGUUGCCACCAUUCCUUCCACCACCGCCUACUACAUCGCCAUUGCCAGCACCAUCAGCUCAAAGAAAUCGGCAGAAUGUCGCAGACAACCUUGCCGCGGAAUCGAGGUCACAGACUCAGACACCAGUAGAUACUCCGGGCACUUCCAUUGCACCGUGGGCUGAGAAGACAUCCGAGAGCGCCAAAGGACCGUCCCUGAAACAGAUUCAAGAAGCAGAAGCCCGUAAAGCUGCACAGCAAGAAGAAGUAGCUGCUGCUGCUGCUGCUCGCAGAGCCCAAGCUGAGCAAGACCGUACAACGCAAGCAGUGCCUCCAGCACCAGGGUUGCCAUCUACCUCAACCUGGGCCAAUGCCGGCACUCCAACCACACCGACAACUCCCGGCACGAAUGUUUGGGCCAAGCCUUCUGGAGGAAAGCCCCCGCUAUCCGCUUCCAGUGCAGCUACGAAGAAGACCCUCGCUCAGAUCCAGCGAGAGGAAGAGGCACGCAAACAGCGUCAAGCAGUUGUGGCAAAUCAGCAGGCAGCGAAUGCCGCUCCCAUAGCAGCCGGAGGCAAGCGCUACGCUGAUCUAGCCAGCAAGGCGCCCGCUGUUCCCGCUGCACCGUCACCGCCAGCUAGUGCCUGGACGACUGUAGGCUCAGGCGGGAAAGCCAAGGCACCAACAACUGUUGUGGCGACGCCACAGAUUGGUGGUGGUCGAACUGUCGGUGCGACUACCGCUCCGUCUGCACCAGCCGCGCGAUCCCGCCCAUCAUUACAGACACGGGUUUCUAACACAGCGAGCAAUCAAAACAAAGCAACCGAUGACUUUACCAGGUGGGCGAAAACUGCACUGGGUAAGGGUUUGAAUGGUAAUAUUAAUGGUACUCGACGACUUCGUCCAAUCCCUCCUCCUCCUCCCCUCCGAAACAGAAAUCAUCUCCGAUUCCAUCUACGCCAACUCCCAGACCCUCGACGGCCGCCCGACGAAUUCGUGCGCAGACGCAAAUUAGCCGACAAGGGGAUACUCCAGGAUGGAGGUGGGACCCCGGGAUCUGCUAACAGCGCUGCCGCUGGUGGUGGUGAGGGAGGUGGUAAGGGGGCUGGGAUUGGUGGCGGUGCUGCGGCGGGAAAUGGUGGUGCGGGUGCGGGUGCGGGUGCGGGUGCGGGUGCGGGUGCGGGUGCGGGUGCGGGUGCGGGUGCGGGUGCGGGUGCGGGUGCGGGUGCGGGUGCGGGUGCGGGUGCGGGUGCGGGUGCGGGUGCGGGUGCGGGUGCGGGUGCGGGUGCGGGUGCGGGUGCGGGUGCGGGUGCGGGUGCGGGUGCGGGUGCGGGUGCGGGUGCGGGUGCGGGUGCGGGUGCGGGUGCGGGUGCGGGUGCGGGUGCGGGUGCGGGUGCGGGUGCGGGUGCGGGUGCGGGUGCGGGUGCGGGUGCGGGUGCGGGUGCGGGUGCGGGUGCGGGUGCGGGUGCGGGUGCGGGUGCGGGUGCGGGUGCGGGUGCGGGUGCGGGUGCGGGUGCGGGUGCGGGUGCGGGUGCGGGUGCGGGUGCGGGUGCGGGUGCGGGUGCGGGUGCGGGAGGCUGGAGUGAGGUUGCGAAGAAAGGCCCUGCUGGAGCUGGGGGGAAAGAUGAGGCUGGGUCGACGGCCUUUAAGGUUGUGGCGACGAAGAAGAAGGGCAAGAGAUAG